CUCUCACAGUUUGAGAGUCAGUUUGUUUCUGAAGAACUUAAGUAUUACUCUUCAUGGUGCUUUUUAAAGCCAAAGAAAAUUGCAGGUGUUUACAAAGACCUUCAGAAGUUAUCCCGUCUCUUUAAAGACCAACUGGUUUACUCUCUUCUGGCUGCUGCCCGACAAGCUCUGAACUUGCCGGACGUGUUUGGCUUAUUGGUUCUUCCUCUUGAGCUCAAGUUUCGGAUUUUCAGACUUCUGGAUGUCCGGUCACUCAUCUCUCUUUCUGCUGUUUGCCGUGAUCUUUACACAGCUUCAAAUGACCAGCUUCUGUGGAGGUUUAUGUAUUUGCGAGAUUUCCGAGAUCCUAUUAUUAGGCCUCGUGACACAGACUGGAAAGAACUAUACAAGAAAAGGUUGAAACAGAAGAAGGAGGCCCUGAGAUGGAGACACAUGAUGUUUUUGCCCCCUACACCUCAUCCAAUCCCCUUUCAUCCCAACCCAUUCUAUCCUACUCCCUUUCCUCCCAGCCCAUUCCCAUCAAACCCAAUCUAUCCCUCAGUGAUCAUUGGAGAGUAUGAUGAGAGACCAACACUCCUCUAUGUUGGAGACCCCAUUAAUUCACUCAUUCCUGGCCCAGGAGAAGCACCAGGUCAGUUUCCUCCAUUCAGACCACAUUUUGACCCAAUUGGUUCCUUGCCUGGAGCAAACCCUACACUUCCAGGACGAGCUCCCAGUGAUAGGUUUCAGCCUAGACCCAGCCGGGGCCGCCCCAUGGACAUUCGCCGUGCGUUCAUUUGAUUUCUGCUUUUUCCUUCAGUAAGUUCUAGUCCCUGAGCUUGCUUUCUAACUGCAGGAGACUGCAAAUCCCAGGCACUAACAUCUGCCUUCUUUUCUGAUUGUGACAAGAACAUGUGUGCAUGGUGAUGUUUCAACCACAAAGGCUGGGUUGGUUUUUUGACCUGGUACUGCUGUACCACCUGGCACUAAGGUCUGUUUCAUGGAGAGCUACAACUUAGAACAGUUUGUUCUGCUCCAUGCCCCGCUCCUCACCUUUAACCAUCUGUGAAGUGCUACUUAGAGACCAGAAGGAUAACGGCCAAAUAUUUGCUGCAUCAGAUAAAGAGCACUUUAAAUACAAA